GCAGGCCAGGAGGACUCUGCACAACUCCUGCGGUCUCCAAUGGCGGCGACGGCGUGGCGGAGGGGCGCGGAGGCCCUGAGGGGCGCCUGGGGGUCGUGGGUGGCGGCGGGGCGAGGCUUCCGGAGCAGCGCCGCGGCGGAGAAGUGCCACGCGGCCCGCAUCCGCCCUCGGAAGGGGAACCAGCCGGUGACCUACCAGGAGGCCCACCCGCCCCACUACAUCGCCCACCGCAAGGGCUGGCUCUCCCUGCACACCGGUAACCUGGACGGGGAGACGGAUGCGGCUGAGCGCACGCUGGAAGACGUCUUCAUCCGCAAGUUCCUCUUUGGCACCUUUCAUGGCUGCUUGGCGGAGGAGGUGGUGCUGAAGCGCCGGGCGAACACAAUCAUCAUCUGCGCCCUUCUAAUACAGAGCCUCCCUCCCCAUAAGAUUUACUUCCUGGUUGGCUACACAGAGAUGCUGCUUUCCUUCUUCUACAAGUGCCCCGUUAAGAUGGAGGUGCAGACCGUAUCCGAGAAGGUCAUGUACAAAUACCUCUAGUCCUGGCUGAGCUUAUCGUGGAAAGAUGUUCCUGACUCCUGAUUGGCAUUGAUGCUCCAUGCUAGACCCGGCGGGGAUCUUGGUUCUUUUACCCUUGGACAGACGGAGGUUUUCCAGCCAUCGACGUCUCCUCCAGAGACUGGAAAACAGAUGGAAGCGCCCAGAGAUAGGAGAAAUCUUGUCCAUUAGUAUAAAAUAAAUCUCCCUAUUUAUGACUCUU